AAGAUCCGAGAGGCGUGCAGGGUGGCGCGCGAGGCCGGGUACCGAUACCUCUGGAUCGACUCAUGCUGCAUUGACAAAACGAGCAGCUCAGAGCAGACAGAGUCGAUCAACUCAAUGUAUCUAUGGUAUGGUCGUGCGGGUCUGUGCUACGCCUACCUGGCAGACGUUCCAUCCGGCAAAAACCCCCACGAGCCUUAUUCCGCCUUCCGCUCGAGCCGAUGGCACAAGCGCGGGUGGACGCUCCAAGAGCUCAUCGCGCCUUCCGGCGUGACGUUUCUCGCUGACGACUGGACGGAAAUCGGCGGGAAGCAUACGCUCUUUGAGCUCAUUGAGGAGAUCACAGGCAUCCCAUAUCAGGCUCUGUUGCACGUGAAGUCGCUCGGCGAGUUCAGCGUAGCUCAGCGACUCUCGUGGGCAGCGCAGCGGCAGACGACGCGGGAGGAGGACCGAGCAUACUCGCUGCUUGGAAUCUUCAACAUCUACAUGCCCACUCUCUACGGCGAGGGAUCACGCGCAUUCCGGCGGCUGCAGGAGGAGAUUGUGCGGCGAAUUCCCGACCUGAGUCUCUUUGCGUGG